UCUCUUUCGAUUCAAUUUCCGCCUUCCUACCUUCCUCAUUCAGCCUACAAACCCACCUCCACCCACAUCAAUCACCCGCAAUCAGUGUCUCCUCAUCCCCAUCGCUCAGACCUUUCCCCAGCCUCCACCCCACAAAACGAUUCACAAUGGAAGACACCACAGCCCGCCCUUCAGCUGCCACCACCAACCCACCCAGCGUGGAAAACGCCUACAAGCGCAAAUGCCUCGCUCUCAAGAAGCGCCUCAACGAGAUCGAGGACGAGAAUGAGCUGAUGCGCGUCCGCAACCGUCGCGGCUGGCAGUAUAUCCAAAAGAUGCGCCUGGAAUCAUGUAUCUUGCUCGAGCGCCUGGCCAAGGUCACCGGCAUGACCGAGGAGGCGUCCUCGCAGGCCGGGGCCGCCGCCAACCCAGAACUCCGGGCGCGCGCCGCCGCGCUGAUGAGCAACACCUCGGCCCUGAAUGGGCUGACGGCUUCGUUGGAGGGCAAGAACGGCGCUGGUGGAACAUAUCUGGAUGACGAGACGGAGGGGAGCUCGGAUGAGCAGCCUCCCACUCCCCAAGAACGACCUCUGCGCGUGAAACGAUCCCGGAAAUCCAAUCUCCCCGACGGCGCCGGCGGCGACGAUGAGAACAGCACCGCCGCCGCCGGUGGUAGCAAUCCCACCGACAACAAUACCGACAACGGCGCCCUGCCGCGACUAGCUCCCGCCCCUUCUCAGGACGACCUGACCUCCUCCUUCCGUCUCCAUGCCGAGAGCAACGGCCAGCACCCAGAGUCCGCUGAGCGCGGGACAAGUCAGAACCCGGAAUCCGACUCGAGGAAACGUCGAGCCUCGAACGCCGCUGCCCCAGCUGCAGCUGCCGAUAAUGACGCCGCGGCCGAGGGAGACGAGAAUGAGAACGAGGGCGGUGAUGCAUCAGUAGAACCUUCGUCUACGCCAAUGGAUCUGGACGCCAAGGAACCUAAGGAUGAGAGUUAGGGCUCAUUCGAUUCUACUGCUUUUUUCUCUCUCUACAUUCCACCCUCUCAGUCCUGAGUUUGGAUCAAUCUGCCCCUUCUCCCCCUCCUUUUUCCCUGUGGUGUAUAGAUAAGGAUGUUGGGGGGAACAUAGGUCCCGACCAACCCUGAAAGGAAUCCAAACAAAAAGUUUCCAGAGACCAUUCC